AAACAGACAAUUGGCUCUUUUUAGGUGACAAAUUAAAAGUUGACUAAUUUUCUAAUUUAAGUACCAUAUUCACUCCCCUUUUCUUCUCAUUAAUUUCAUUGCAUUUCCCUCAUUUUGCAGAAAACCCUUUUGCUACUGCAAAAAACCUCCCUAAAUCAGAGAUCAUCAGUCGGUUACCACCACAUAAUAAGCAGUAGAAGAUUCAAUGGGAACAGGGUUUUUAUAUGACGAUUUGGUGCAGGAAAUUCUAGUACGGCUACCAGCCAAGACUUUGGUGAGAUGCAGGUGCGUCUGUAAGUCUUGGUGUUCCCUUAUUUCCAGUCCCAAUUUCAUUUUGGACCAUGUCUGUCGUAACAAAGAAGCCAAACACCAUCAGGUCCUUUUGCGAAGUUUUAAUAAUGCUGAAAAAAAGGUCAGGUAUAAACUAUGCCAUGAUAAUGAACAUCUGGAUGAGAUUAUGUUAAUUGAUUUCCCGUUUGUGAGUAAACGUCAUGAUUUUUUUAGGAUGGUUGGUUGUGUAAAUGGACUAGUAUGCUUAUCAGAUGAUAUGGUUGAAGUAACAGAUACUUUGAUUCUAUGGAAUCCCAUGAUUAGGAGAUUCCUGACCGUUCCUGAACUCAAAUUAGAUGUUGAAUCAACUGAUUUGGGUCGGUCAGUUUUUGGUUUUGGCUUUGACGCUUGUAAGAAUGAUUACAAGCUUGUCAGGAUUGUGUACCGUAAGAAUCCGGAUUUUGAAGCACUCCAAGUUGAGGCCUCAAUUGCCAUUUUUAGACUUAGCUCAAGUUGUUGGGAAGUUAAAGGGUCUGCUUCCGUCCCUUUGCUUGAUACCCGGCAAGCUUAUGUAAAUGGCGUUAUUCAUUGGUUAGCAUAUAACAAGCUAAUUGUAGGGUUUGACGUGAAAACUGAGGCAUUUAAACCUAUGAUGCUCCCCCAACCCUUGCAAAAUGCCAAUAUUAGUGAUUUAACCAUAGCUUCAUGGUGUGACUUGCUCUCUGUGUUUGAAAAUGGGUAUUGGUCUGGACGGCUUUGUUUGUGGGUUAUGAAAGAUUAUGGCGCGUCCAAGUCAUGGACAAAACAAUUUGUGGUUGAAUCAUUUGUAAUGGUAAGAAGUCUUAGAAAGAAUGGCAGUGUUGUACUCCAAAAUAUUGGUGGCAAACUAGUUAUGUAUAAUGCAAAGACCAAUCAAUUUGAGGAAUUCAAAACCCAUGUCGAGGAUACGAUAUAUGGUUUUCAUAUGAAAUCAUAUAUAGAGAGCCUAGUCCUAUUAGAUCGGACGGAUGUACAAUAUGUUCUCUAGAUUGUGCUGUUGGAUGCUGCAGGAAACUGAAGACAAACAACGCAUGGGAUGGUAACUCAGAUCAAUACCAUAACUUAUAUCAUGUGUUGUAUCUGUAGGCGAAAAUAACUCUUUUUCUUUUCCCUUUAUUUUUCUGGUUUGUGUGUGUUAAUAGAUGAAUGUAGGUUUCACAUAGUGAUGGUCCUCAUCCUGAUGGACUUGAACUUUUGUUAUACUUUCCAUGGAGCUUGAAUGUAGUCAAACUGUUGACCUUAUUGAUCACAUUGGAAGAUAAGAUGGUGCUGCAUUUUUCUAAA